GUCGCAACCAAAGAGGAUGGGGGGUCGCAACCUUACGGCAAAAAAUUGUACCCCCUUGAAACUUGAAACGCGCGGGUCAUCGUACCGGGUAGUCAAAAAUUUCUCAUGUGUAUCACGCUAUGUUUUUCUAAAGAAUAAAUUUGGUGUUGAGAAUGUGAUGGGUGAAAUAAUAAUUCAGUGAACAAUACAAGGUCAAUUGAUAGAAUCUACAAUUGGCUAUAAUUGAGUUACAGUGUUUAAUGUAAAUUGUUAACGUGAUACAAAUACAUAUUUGGAGGUUAUCAUGACCGGAGAACUCUCGAGCCUUUUAGGCUGCAAAGAACUUCUGAUGUGGAGAAUGUUUAUGGCUAUUUUGACGAGCAUUUGUGCGCAAUUCUUGAUUAUGAGUUCAGUUAUUUUGAUAAUAAACUUUCGUAUAAUGCAUCCACUAUCGUGGAUUGCAAACACUUGGGAUGCUGUUACAUGUAUUCGGACUUGGGGUUACUUUUUGAUUUUAGCUACAGUAAUAUUUCUGCAAGGUGUAAUAUGCAGCAAGUUUUAUCUACAUGCUCCUGUGUACCGUAAAAGCAGAUUUACGAUACUCCGUAAUAUUUUUAAGCCACAUAAUCUUCCUGCAGGAGCACUACAUGUAUUAGCUGGAGGUGUGCUUACCUGGCUCCACUUAUCUCUGCGAGAUGGUCAUUAUAAUUCACUGACCAUCAAAUGCAAUGCUGAAGACACUUGCUUGAUUGAAGAAAAUUUUUUCCUAAUGCUCAGCGGCCUCUGGAUUGGUCUCUACUCAUUCAUCAAGUCACAUUUUUCCAAUAUUUAUAUUCAGUUUCCAAUUAUUCCUCGAUCGAAAUUUUCACAAAUUAAAUCUGGAAUUUGGUCUCUUUUACCGCAAGCUAUGCUGAAUGCAGUUUCACCAAUUCUGUGCUUUGUAUUUUUUUACUACUUCAAUGGAGGUUACUACAGGGAGAAUAUCCUCUUAAUCUUCUCUAUUAAAAUGAAAGAUGCACCAUUGAACACGGUAUAUGGACUGCUCAACAUUUCCCUGAUCUUCUACGCUUGGCUCUUUGCCUCUGUGUUUAUUUUGACCAUGAACACCAUGCAUCUCUCGUUCCAAGCGUACCUCACACAAAGAGUUGAUUUUGACAUUGAACAGCAAAAUAUGUAUGCCAAUCAAAUUUCAGAAAUGACUCUUGCAGAUGCACUUGCCAUAGACAGAAUACCCAUAGUACAGCAUUUGGCUUAUUUUGACUUGGUUACUCUUGCUCAAAAAGAAAAAUCCAAAAGAUCUAUUCUGUUUACUCUGAGUAGUCCAGGGUGCAGGCCAUGCAACUGGAAUGGGAUAGCAAUAAAAUGUAUCGGCCUUUUAACCAACUUCACAAUUGAACUGAAUCGAGCCUGUGCUAUUAGCCAGAAGCCAACAUCUAGCCCAGCAACACUGUGUACACCUGGAAAAAUGUCAGAUAAUUUUUUCCAAUAUAGAAUGAGAAAUUUGACAACUGCCAAGCUCCUGGGAUCAACAAUGGACUCGUCAGUUCCCCCACGACAGACUUCAAGCGAAGAUCAAAUGGUUGGAUCAUUUUUCAAAAGCAAAAGAGACCAGUUUGUGACUUACCUAUUCUCAAAACAGAUCAUCAAAUAUCUAUUUGAAGAAAGCCUUGAAGAAAAGGUACGAUACAUCUUCACCAAUGCCCAACCAGUAAUUUGGGCAGCUGAAAGUAUUUCUUCACUGAUCGUUAUCUCCCUUACGGAAGAUCAAUAUGGCGUGAUACAACAGGAUUUACCAACUAUCAUCAGCACGUUAUUAACUCUGAAAGAAGCUUUAGACAAACUACAAAAAGCAAAUAUAUUUGUGAAAAGAACACAAAGUGAUGAUAAAGAAAUGAGGCAAAUGGUGACGUGCUUAAGAAGUGCAACAAAACGCAGUAUUUAUAGAAUUACUACCACAUUCAGGGACUAUAUGAAAGAUUUGCUAUUAGAACCAGAUACCAUGAGUCAACUACAGAGCUUUAUGUCCUAUAGGGAAUGAGAUUCGAGUUUUCUAGAUCACCAUUGUUUGUAAUACCUGUACUAUGACAUGAAUAUUUUGUUAUUAUUUACUUUUUGUUCCUUUACUGAUUUAAAAAAAAAAGUAGUCCAUAGAUCAGUACUCAGUUUGUACUACAGUAGGUUGCAAAAUUCAGAAUAUGGUCAUUGUUUAUGACAAUGAAAGUAUCUCCUUAUCAUACAAAUGUAAUCAAAUUAUUCAACUAACUCUGCACUAUUGUAUCGGAUUCAUAAUUGCCUAAGUUUGUCAGCUUUCCGAUUACUGGUGUAUAAUUAUUGGUAUUAAACCAUUUGUACAUUUAUUAAUUUUUCAGAAUAAAAUUACAAUUUUCAUAUCAAA